AUGAGUACUAUAGCAAAACUAGGCACCGCAUUUGCUACUACUAAUAUAUACUGGACUGAAUCAAAGGAGGCACACCAUUGCAUAUUGUUCUUAUUAUCCUUGCCAACUUCUGCAAACUUCUGUUCCAAAAGGAGUGAAUACUCUGAGUCUGGCUGGAGAAACAGUGAAAGCUUAUGCUUCUCAUCUCAUCCACUGGAUUACACAACUUAUCAGAAAGUGUAUGUGAAAGCCGUGCAAAAUGGUAUUGAAAUUCAAAACGUCCAUCUUUAUUCGCAUUUGAGGAGUAUUGAGGACUCGAGGUAAAAGAAGGAAACUUUUGUGAAACGAGUAAUUACCAUGUCUUGACUUCUCACCACCACAAAGUCAAGAUAACACGAAAUAAUAUACUUUCAUUUAGAAAAGAGAAUAUAAUUUCCUCAUAAACUUUAUUACAAACAUCAACGAGUAUAUUGAAAAUUCGUGUGAGUCAUGAAAAUUAAAUUUUGAAAACCACAUUAACCUUUAACCAACCUUUCCUGUGAUAUUCCAUCCUCCUCGUUACAUAUACACUAAACUAUAAAUAUUACGUCUAUUAUACAUAAAUAAAUACUCUCUGGAUAUGAUGGGACAUAAUAAACUGCCACUCGUGCUCAUGCUUCUUGUGCUCCAAAUAUUGCAAGAUGCAUCAUCUCUGAAAUGCCACACGUGCAUCAACCAUUUGUGUCCCGAGUCGCAUCCUUUCCUCUGCGAGUCAACGAGACAGUUCAUCCUGGAACGUCUUAAGGACAUUUACUACUCGUAUGGAUCUCAAGUCAAGAUGUGCCCCGACCCCCAUGACGCGGAUGGGUGGGGAAAUCUGGCCGCAACCACGACGGGACGAUGUGGGGAAGAGUCCGAAGGGGAAGCCACCUGCUCCUUGGGCAGGUUUCGAGUGAUCACGACCAUCGUGGAUAGCAAGGAAAACGUGACGUCCUAUGGAACGUCCUUGGGAUGUGCUAAACGUAAAUUGCUGGACGUGGCCAAAGUGGCGACGAGAAAUAACGAGUGCUCGCUAGUUCAUGGUCAGAGCGUGGUGCGAAAUUCGUUACGCCACAGAAUUGAAAUAGAACAUUGCUUCACGGUGAGCGAGAUGUGUAGAAAUGGUGACUUUUGCAUCGAAGCGGAAAGCAGUGCCGUGAAAAAGUUUAGAGAAGAUGUUGAGAGUGAGGGGUCUUCCGUUCCUUUGGGGUUAAUAAUCAGCGGAGUCUUGUUACUUGCUAUUGUUAUCGGCGUCUUAUUUCUUUUGGGAAUUAAAUAUGAUGUCAGACAUUAAAAGGGAUAUAGACCAAAGUACUUCCGUAGUAUUUAUACAUUUGUGUACAAGGAUAAUGUUGUUGUUGACUAACUAAUUAUGCGCUUCUUGGUAUAGAAAUAACUGUCGACGAUUAAUUUAAUUUCGUAUUUUUAUUACCGUUUGUAUAAAAUUUCAGUUACAAUACAAACACAACAAUGCUACCUUUUGCUAACGUAUAGUACCAAAAAUUAUUAUCAGUCUAUAAGAAACCGUUCAUUCAUGUAUUCGUUAUGAAUUAUUAUUACUACAAAUGAAAUAAAUUUUUAAGUAAUCAA